AUGGCGGACCCUGACAAGGGCACCUCUGUCGUGGGAAAAGACCACACGCCUGGAGGAUCACCUGGAAUGGAUUUCGAACCUAACCUCGCAGUGGUAUCUGAGAUCCCAUCGGAGCCGGAUUCCCCUCCUCUGUCACCGAUCUCAUUGAAUGAGACAGCUCAACACGAGCGGAUGCCGGAAUUUCCCACUCAAGAACUAUCGGAAAACCAUCAUGAUUCAGCUUCAGCUCAUGAUGAUUUGUCGUCACCCAGCAAUAAAUCAGUCACGCUACAAAGUCCGCUAUCUGAACGAAGAUCGGCGAAAGUAGAAGCACUGAAUGCGGCAGUACUAAAUUCCCCUGGAUCUUCCAGAAGCUCGUUUUCAUCGUCACCGGGAUCUGUUCCGGGAGCUCGUCGAAAAUCAUCGUCAAGAAAAAGUUCCCUUACUCGGAAUCCAGAGUCAUCGCGGUCGGAGCUGCGUGGAACACUUCCACUGAAAGUGUCACCUAGGUCAAGCAUUUCGUCAACCUCUUCAAAGGAAAUUCCUAUGAAAUUUCAGUCAAUCGAUCUUGAACGAGAAUUACCAGAAAUCUUUAGCACCUCUUUGAAUCCUGCAAUCCAAGAUCCAGAUAUGAGCGCGUUCUACUCAAGAAUCAAGAGCCCGCCACCGGUUUAUGUGGGCCGAGCGUGUGAGUUAACGCUAUUUUUUUUGUAAGA